UAGAUAAAUUUUAGAAGACAAGUAAAGUGAAAUGGCUGUCCGCUUAAUUCAACCUGGAACAUUCCGACACUUAUUGUUUAUAAACAAAGUUCCGCGAAAUUUAAAGCUUCAGCAACGAAUUUAUCUUCUAGCUAAUUCAACAGAAACUCAUUCAUUUAGCUUGCGCUAUUUACAUGUAAAAACAUAUGACAAAGAUGCCGGUUGGGAUGAACAACGCCGCGUUAACAAGUUGCAAAAAGAUCAUACAAUACCUGGACAGAUGAGCACCGAUGAUUUAUCCUCCCAAAAAAUAAAGAAUUAUUCGGAGAACCCUCGUGAGAAAUGCAACGAUGCCGAUAUAUUUGGAUCCAGUACCUUACCUGAAAUAAGUGAAGAUCCAGGUGAUUUGGUUGAAGAGCAAUAUACCACUAACCUGCAAAACAAAUCCAUGAGACAGAUUGAUUACUCGCGUCUUAUAAAAUCCCAUCUCAAAGAGAAAAGAGUGAAAGAGGCUAUAGCAGUGCUGGAGGUGCAAAUGUUAAAACAAGAUCGAGCGAAACCUGAUGCUUACAUAUAUAAUUUACUGAUAAGUGGUUGCGCAAAAGCGGGAUAUACACGUAAAGCCUUUAACCUGUUUACUAAAAUGCGCCAAAGGGGAUUAAAAGUAAAGGGCGGUAUUUAUACUUCAUUAUUCAAUGCAUGUGCAAAUGCCCCAUCCACGGUAUACGGUCUGGAACAAGCAAAUAAAUUACGUGAAAUAUUGAUACAAAAAGGUUAUGAACCAAAUGUAAAGAAUUACAACGCUAUGAUCAAAGCCUACGGCCGGUGUGGGGAUGUAAAGACCGCCUAUAUGUUGGCCGAUGAAUUAUUGGAAAAGCAACUGACGUUAGAUAUAGACACAUUUAAUUUUCUGCUACAAGCAUGUGCAAGUGACGUCGAAACGGGAUUUCGCCAUUGUCUUCUUACUUGGCACAAGAUGAAACAGAGAGGUUUGAAACCAGAUUAUUAUACUUUCAGCGGUGUUUUACGUUGUGUGAGAGACUGUGGCUUUGGUGACCUUGACUCUAUGGAAAAAGUAUUGCAGGAAAUCCUUUAUGAACGUCCUGAAAUGCUUCCUUGGGGACAAACACAUGGAGAGCAAAUAUGUUUAAAAACUGAUGGAAAACCAUCAAAUCUUCCCUACGUUGAGCAAAACCCUCAGGCGAUAGAGAUUCAAAAUGAAGCCGAUCAAUUGGAAAUUCCAAAUUUAUUGGCAAUAGAACCUCAUUUAGGCAGCCUUGUUUCAUUGAGUCAAGUUACGUGUCCUCAUGAACGUUUCUUACUUCUUGGAGGCUUGACUGGGUUUUUGGGAAUUAUGAAAGAAAAUGAUGUUACUCCUGAUAUAGAAAUGUUUACCACUCUGCUGGAGGUUGUACCGCCUACAUAUGCUGCCGAAAAGCAUUUAUUAUCAUUUGUCCGCAAAAUAGGUUUAAAAGCCGACAUUGACUUUUUUAACAUUCUUAUAAAAAAACGAUCGAUGAGAUUUGACUAUGAAGGAGCUAAGGAAGUGAUGUCAAUGAUACGCACAGCCGGACUGCAGCCCGAUAUUGUUACCUAUGGUGUACUAGCGUUGGGCUGCCAAACGGAAGUGGAAGCUAGGGAAUUGCUGCAACAAAUGCGUGAAAAUGGGAUAAGAAUGAAUAUGCAAAUCUUGGGUGCGAUGUUGCGUCAGGGGAUCGGCCAUAGGAAUUUUCCAUAUGUCAUUGAAAUUUUACAAAUUAGUUUGGAUGAACAUAUUAAACCUAAUGACAUUUUUCUUACACAUCUUUAUAAAUUCUAUGAUCGUUGUGCGCGUUCAAUUGAUGAAAGACACCCUUCAACUAAAUCUAAGUCAUUUAAAAACGGACAUGCGAAAUUCUGUGAUAAGUUGCGCCUCUACUACGAAGAACAAGGAAUCGCUGGUCUUAAGUUAGAUGACGCCAUUAAAAAAGUUCGAGAGCAUCCAAAUCAGCAAUACAAAGAGGAAGAUGUGGAGGGCCUCGAGCCAAUAAAAAAUAAGGAACUCUCUAAGAAACAAAAAAUUCGAAAGUACAUCAAAAAGAUAAAAAUUGAAAAUUUACGUAGUGACGAUCAAAGUACAUCCCCAAGGCCUGAAAUAACCGCAGAAAGCGAACUACAAAAAACGAGAGAGUAAUUGUUACUCUUCCAAGUUUUACUGUGUAAUUGCUUUAUUAGUGUAUAAAUUAAAUACAUUUCACGCUCAAGUGCCAAUUUUCAUUAUA